AUGGAUGCGGAGCUCGAAGAUCGAAAACUGGUUGAUCAGGCCAAGCGCCUGCUGAUGAAGCGGCGCAAGCUCACUGAAGACCAGGCCUAUGCGCUGAUACGCAAAACGGCCAUGUCUAAAAACACCAAAAUCGUGGAGAUCGCGCGGAGCAUGAUCGCGGAAGCGGGGAUAGAACUGGCGCUUGUGCGGGAGUCUUCCUGGGCGACCCUCAGAGACAGAAUUGCGGUGGGUCACCUGGAGGCAGCACACCUUCUGGCGCCGAUCGCAAUAUCCGGGAGCCUCGGCUUGCCGCCGCUUCCUGUCUCGGUGAUUGCGCCCGUGGCGCUCGGUACAGGGCGCAACGCGAUUACCGUCAGUCUGGCAUUGGCCGAGAAUCUCGCGAGACAUGGGGAGCUAAACGGAAACGCCGGUCUGAUCGGCCAAGCUCUUAAGGCGCUCGCCGAUGAACGGGGCCCCGGCGACAAAGUCACGAUUGCGGUCGUUCACCCGUUCUCAGCGCAUGCCUAUUUUCUCAACUAUUGGCUGCGCGGAUGCGGCAUUCGCCCCAACGAAGAUGUCGUCGUGGAAGUGUUGCCCCCGUCUUUGAUGGUUGAUGCCCUGAAAAGCGGCCGUAUUGAUGCCUGCUGUGUGGGCGAACCCUGGAACACGGUCGCCCAGAAUGAGGGAGUAGGCCGCGCAGUGGUGGCGUGCGAUGACAUCUGGAGUGCCUCCUAUCCCUCAGCACAACAUGGCCUGUGGUUCUACAAACAGAUGAUUGAGAAUGGGCAGGUCACCCCUGACGAGGGCAACAUCCAGAGCAUCAGGAACAUGUACCGACCGGAUAUCUACCGGGAGGCUCUGGCCGACUUCGAAGACGCGGAUGGCGUCAGCCUGGCGGCUCUCUUGAGCGCUGCGCCGAUGAUGUCGGGGGCGCUCGCAGCUGACAGCAUUCUGGAGGCGUUGGAUGAGUCCAAGCCGAUAUUGAACACCCGGCUGAGGUAUGAAUUUGUUGAUCAGACAGGACCGGUCGACGACGCGAAUGCUGUCACAGCGCGCUUCCGAGCAGGGUUGGAAACCGGCAGCUAUCUGGGGUUUUCGGUUCUUGGUGAAAUCGAGGUCGUGAAGGGCUUGAACAACGAGUACAACUCGACAACCAACAGCCGCACCAAUUUUCCCGUCGUCGCAGACCCGGACUCACAAGAAAUAAACCGGCUACAGAUCAAAUAUACCGGGAUUGAUGGUUUGGCACUGACGGUCGGGCGUCAGCGUCUGGUCUUUGAUAAUGCCCGGUUUAUCGGGGAUGUUGGCUGGCGCCAGAACCAACAGACAUUUGAUGCCGCAGUGGCCGAAGUGACGGCCAUUGAAGACCUUAAAGUCACAUACGGAUACCUGGAGUCGGUUCAGCGUAUAUUCGGUAGCGAGAGCGUCAACGGUUCAUUCGAGAGCGACAGUCAUGUAUUGAAUGCAAAAUACGGUGGUCUGGACUGGGUGACACUGACGGCCUAUGCCUACUUGCUUGACUUGGAAGAAGCAUCUGGUCUCUCAACAGCGACCUAUGGCGGCGGUGUCUCGGGAAGUUUCCCUAUUGCUGAGGGUAUUCCUCUCAACUUGUCCGCAGAAUAUGCGACCCAGUCAGAUUAUGCUGACAACACCACCGACAUUGACCUGAGCUAUUACAAACUCUUUGCGGGCACGAAGCUUGGUGGUUUUACCGGUGGCGUUGCCUAUGAAGUUCUGGAAGGCGAUGGCACAAACGGAUUCAGUACACCCCUGGCAACAGUGCAUGCAUUCCAGGGCUGGGCAGACGGCUUCCUGAACACGCCUGCGAAUGGCAUUGAAGAUCUCUUCGCCGAAGUCGGAUAUGUCUUCACGGAUGUGGGGCCGCUUCCGAAGAUCAUCACCAAAGCCGUGUAUCACGACUUUAGUAGUGAGCGUACCGGCACAGAUCUGGGCGACGAAUUCGAUCUCCUGCUCAAAGCUGUAAUCAAUCCGCAUCUGUCAGCGGCAGCGAAAUACGCGACGCUUGAUGGAACCUCAGCGGGUCCGGCCGAUCGGGACAAGUUCUGGUUUCAGAUCGACUUCAACCUUUAA